AUGACAAAGGAGCAACCUCCGCUGAGAGAGGAGCCAUGGACACCUCUGCGAAACAGAAUGGAGUCAAAAACAAGAAUGAAACUCACAAGGUGUGGCAAGAUUACCUUGGGUAUCUUAAUGAUGGUGAUUGCUACAGUAGCUGUUGGACUCAUUGUCUACUUUGUUGCAUAUGGAAAGACACCUUUCUACUAUCAUGUGAGCUUUAAAAUCAACAACAUCGACUAUGACAGCAAGUUUAAAAAACCAUACUCAGAAGAAUAUAUGAGCCUAAAUAAAAAAAUAGUAUCUGCGAUGAAUGAAACAUUUCAUGGAUCUGAAUUGCGAAGACAGUAUGUCAAAUCUCAUACUGUUCAAGUAAGCCGAUCCAAAGGGAAGGUGUUAAUACAUGCUGUGCUGAAGUUUGAAUCUUUUUAUAAAAAUAAUGCAGCGAAAUAUUGGGAUAAGGUUGAAAGCAUUUUAUAUCAAAAGCUAAAGGGUAAAAUUGGGUCUUUACUUAUAGAUUUUUCUACAUUUAGAUUUUCAGGUUGUGGAAGACGCACAAUAACUCCCACUGGCAACAAAAUUGCAGGGGGCCUGGAUGCUGAGGAAGGAGAAUGGCCAUGGCAAGCCAGCCUUCAACAGAAUCAUGUCCACCGAUGCGGAGCCACUCUGAUUAGUAAUAACUGGCUUGUCACUGCUGCUCACUGUUUCGUAAAUGCAAAUGAUCCCAAAGAUUGGAUUGUAAGUUUUGGGCUUCUCUUAAGUGACCCACAAAUAAAACGAACUGUCAAGGAGAUUAUAAUUCAUGAGAACUACCGGCACCCUGCACAUGACGACGACAUUGCUGUUGUGCGUCUCUCUUCACCAGUGCUGUAUGCAAGCAACAUUCGAAGAGCCUGUCUUCCAGAAGCUAAUUACAGGUUCCCACCCAAUACUAAAGUCGUGGUCACAGGAUGGGGAACAUUAAAGUCUGAUGGGGCAAGUCCUAAUGUACUCCAAAAAGGAUUGGUGAAGAUUAUAGAUACUAAAAUAUGUAACAGUGCAAAGGCAUAUGGCGGAGUCAUCACACCUGGAAUGCUGUGUGCAGGGUUCCUAAAGGGCAGUGUGGAUGCCUGCCAGGGUGACUCUGGUGGACCACUAGUUAGUGAAGAUUCUAAAGGCCUGUGGUUUCUUGCUGGUAUUGUAAGCUGGGGAGAUGAAUGUGCUCUUCCAAACAAGCCUGGCAUCUACACCCGAGUGACCUACUACCGGGACUGGAUCAUGUCCAAAACUGGCCUGUAA